AUGGAUUGUGAUAGUCCAGAAGCAAUUCUUGAAGCUAUAAAAAUUAAAGUCAAAUCAAUGGGUAACCAACGAAAUUUGUUGAGUCAAGCACGAAAGAGAGCUACUUCCAUUUGUUCUUCUUUCGAUAAAACCAUUAAAAGGAAUGAAAUCAAAAAUUUACUUGAGAUAAUAGAAAAGAAAUACAACGACGAUAAUAACAGUAGUGAAGAUGGUCAAUUUUGUGAAACAGGUGAAAAAUCUCCCACUUUUCUCUCCGAUGAUGACAAUAAUGCGGAUGAAACAGGUGAAAAAUCACCCACUUUUCUCUCCGAUGAUGACAGUGAAAUAGGUGAAAAAUCACCCACUUUUCUCUCCAAUGAUGACAAGAAUGCGGAUGAAAAUAGAACCGAUGAUGAUCUAUCUCUUAGUGCCGAAAGUCUUAAUUUGGAAUCAUCAACAUCAGAUCUAAUACCACAAACCAUUAAUUCAGCCGAAAUUGAGGAAUCUAUUGUUGAAUCUACCGAAAAUGUGGAUGGAAAGGGAAACGAUGAUGAUCCAUCCCUUAGUACUGGAAGUCCUAGAUCAUCAACAUCGAAUUCAAUACCACAAACCGUUAAUUCAGACAAAAAUGAGGAGUCUAUUGUUGAUUCUACCCAAAAUAUUGAGGCCGCGAUAAUUGAUCAAACGUUCGAAACCUUGGCCAAAGAAAGCCUCGUUGGAAAUGGAGAAUGGAUUAUUGGUUCUGGUAAGGUAAACGUUCGUGAAUCAUUAAAGAAAUGGAAAUCCAAAAAGGAACGUCUCAUAAUGAGUAACCUUGGAUAUUAUGAUAUUAUUGACCUCACACCAGGAACAAAUAGUGAUUUUAUCAAGUCACUAUCGAAAUCUGAAUAUGAAGAAAUAAAGUCUUUUGAUCUUCCGGAACUACCCAAUGUUAAUAAUGAUGAAAUCAAAGAAUUAAUCGUUAAAAUAGUCAAGGCAUCUGAUUUUCGAAAAGCAGUCAAUGAAAGCUUUUUUUCAACAAGAGAUGAUGAAAGUAAAGAAUUUGUGUGGGAUUUUGCAUACCAUCUUGCUAAUUCUUUUGAUCAUGGGAAUGAUCUUCUGCAUCCUAAUAUGUCGGAAAGGAUGUAUCGAGAAAUUUUCUUAACACCUAUAAUUCGAAGUUUAUUUCGAAAAAAAAAUACAGAUCUUGAUCUCUUUUUUGGUGAGGUAUGCUUAUAUGCAUCAGCCGAAGAUGCAGAUCUAAAAAAGGAUGAUGCAGAAGACCGAAAUCCGGGACGAAAGAUCGAUGCUGUCUGGGCGACAAAGCCUCCAAAAAUCGAGUUUGCUAUUUGCGAAGUUAGCGGACCUCCUAACCAACGACAGCAUUCCCAUUUUUUUACUGACAAGAUUAAGAUCGGAAAAAUGUUAAAAAUAAUGCUAAAUAGGAUAGUUCGAGUUUACGGUGGAAAUAGUUCAAUUUUCAGUUUGUUGAAAGUUUACGGCUUGCAAGUAUAUGAUCACAAUGUAAUUGUAUACGAAAUGACUGUCCCGUUCCGAGAACUAUAUGUAUUUAGGGAAGUUAUAAGAUCACAAUUACCGACGAGUCGAGUCAACAUAGCGCAGAUGCGUCAAUGCGAAAUGAUUCUAAAAAGUUUAAAUGAUUUGCAUGAAUAUGUUAUGGAAUCGGGCCUUUGUACACCUCCUGAUAAGAUUAAAGCAUCGUUAUUUGUUACAGAAAUGACGUAUACACCCGGAGGUG